AUGAACUCUCUAGGACUCCGGAGUUUAGCCAGACGUGCUCCUAUUGGCCGUCUUAGUGGUCUCCUGCUUUUUUCGCCACUCUGUCCCGUAUCUAGAGGAUAUUCUACCCAAACAAUUUCUGUUCAAGAAUUGAACAAAAGAAGACCAGUGAAUGUCGACAGAGAAUUGCCUGAUCCAUUUGCCUCCAAGAAGCAGAACAGAAGAUACUUCUGGGUAUACGCUGUGGGUGUUACCGUGCUGUGUGCACUUAUCUUUAACUACGAAAAGACUCGUUCACCAAUUGUGAAUUCAGUUCUUUACUGUUUGAGAAGAUCCGAGGCUGCUAAAAACGAAUUGGGCGCCAACAUUGGCUUCAAGUCCUCAUGGCCAUGGAUUUGGGGAACGCUUAAUACCGUCAAAGGUAACAUUGAUAUUGAGUUUGAUGUUUGCGGAGACAAAAGUGGCGGGAAGUUGAAAUUGAAGGCUUCCAGAACAGCCAAAUUCGUUCCUUUUGAUGUGGAGCACUUUGUGCUUGAGGUUAAUGAUGGAACCACCGUCGACUUGAUGAAAGACCCUACAUUGGACUUUGAUUUGUAA